CUUAUAAUGCAUAACAUAUUUAUAUUAUAAUUAUGCAUUUUAUUUUUAUUGACUUACAGAGAAUCAUAUUGAUUUAGGAGUUUUGGUGUUUGCUUAAAAUCUGUCGCACCCGGCCUCUUUUUGCUUCCCCACAUUAUCCCCCACCACAUAUUCUAUUAUCCAGAAUGCCCACAAUUAUUGCUUUGGAUGUUUCCCUGUCCAUGAUUCGCACGAUUCCGGGACGCAGCGAAGAAAACGCCAUUACCUAUCAUCAAUUAGCCGUAAAAGGCAUCUCCCAACUUUUAGAAUAUCUUUCCAAUCUAUCCAAAUUGGAAUAUGUGGCUUUGCUUACAUUCAGCAGCAGUUGUGAACUUAAAGUGGAUUUUACGCGUGAUUAUGAUCAGAUAAAGCAAGUGGUAAAAAAAGUUGAACCUGUGGAUAAACUCUGCCUAAUGACAUUGAUGAAGAAUGUGGGCAGCAUUUUUACCAGCAACUGGGGUACCCAGUCUCAGUGUCAAGUGAUUGUGUUUACGGAUUGUGGUCUUGGUUUUGGCAGCACCUCAUUGACAACGUUCUUGCAGAAUUAUAUAGGAAAAGAGCAAGAGGCGGAUUAUUCAUGGGUUAAAGCUCUCAAGCCUGUAAAAUGGAAUUUUAUUUGUUUGGGUGUACAUGGUGACAGUUAUUUCACCCGAGCAUUGGGAGUAUAUCAACAAAUGUUGGAUUUGACUGGCAUUAAGGGCCAACUCUAUAUGACCAAGGCUCCCAAAGAUGCAGAAAAUGCUGAUGCGGCCACAAGUGAACCUUUGAAAACAGCUAUUACCGGUCACAAAAGUGAACUGGGUCGCACGGCAAUGUUUGAAAUGAUUGAAAAAUUGUGUGAAGCUAAUUACAAGCCCUAUGAAGUGCUGCUUAAGUGUGGUGGCUAUUUUCGAUUGGAAUGUCCCGUAUUAUUGUGGCCGCCCCCCUUACCCUUUCAGCCUUUGGAUAAUGACAAAACACCGCCCUUAACAUUGUCAAAUAAACUGGAAAUUUGUGGAUACUUACCGCUGUCGGAUAUAGGCUCACCAGCUUCGCUAAGUCGCCAUUUAAUUAUACCAAAAAUCGAAAGAGAGAAACCAAGUCGUCGUUCAUCUGACAAAUCGGGUAGUGCCAGUAAAAUAUCCACCGACAAAACUCCUAAAUUGGAUGUGAAUAAUGCCAAUUAUGAAUAUGAAAAGUUGGAACAGGAAAUUAGGGAUUUUUACACCAAAGAAGUCAAGGAUGCUGAUGAGACGGGGCAACCGUCGGAGGAGGCUGGUGAAAAGAAUCCCACAAGUGCAGCGGCGGCGCCCUUAAAUGAAAUGCAAAAGGAGUCAAUGUGUGUGCUUUUGCAUGGUGCCCUCAAAGUGGAAAACUUAGCUGCUCUGGUUUUGUUGAAUUCCAGCAGAUCCUGGUUUGGAUUUUUGUAUUCCUAUGCCGACAGCAAAAAGAAGUCCAACCUUAUGUUGAAUAUAUUACCUCCAGGCAACAAUGUCAUACCCUGGUUGGGAGAUCUACAAAUGUUGGGCUUUGCUGAAGACCUUUUGCCAGGAGACACAGCCGCCUUCCCCGUCAAGGCAGACAAGAGAUCCUACUCUCAAAGUUGUGUGGUAUGGAUAAAUCGUGUAAGUUUACAGUCGGACAUACAAAAGGUUUUGCGCCAUGCCAAAAAGAUGCCAGAGAAGACACAGCAUUUCUACAAGGAACUAAAUCGCAUUCGACGAGCUGCCCUUUCCAUAGGGUUUAUAGAACUACUAGAAGCCAUGGCCACUCUCUUCGACAAGGAGGCCAUAAAUCUGACAGCUCUCAAUGCCAAUCCCGAAUGUACCAUACAAUUGAAGCAUGCCUCCAUCGAGCUACGUAAACCCUCAAAUCGUGACUUAAAGGUAUCCAUUGUACCGGUGCCGGUGCAGACAGUAAAUCCCACAGCUCAGGGUGUUCCCCCUCAAGUGGUGGCGCCGCCCGGUGGCAGUUUUGCCUAUUAGUUUUAAGGAUUAUUAGCAUCCUAAGAAGUGUUUCUAGUAUUUUGCAUGUCGGUUAGCUGUAUAGAAUUAUUUUGUAAAUUUAUUAAGAAAAUAUAUGACAAACAAAUUUUUAUGAAUGUA